AUGUGGCUUCGUUUAGUACCGGUCUUUCCCGCUUUGGUAUCCGUCGUCUCCGCAGGUUUCGACAGCUUCGAAUUCUCCAGCAAUGCGACGAACCGGAUCUGUCGAAACAUGAAGUUCAAGUGCCGCCCACCGGCGAUAUGUGCGCACGAGAAGGUCGCAGACAAAUACUACUGCUGUCAUCCCGGUGGGAAAUGUACGGGCAGUAAAGAAGUUUGCACUCAUGGCAUAGCUCUUGCAGGUCAACAGCUGUGCGACAAGAAUGACACAGCUUUUUGCUGUAUGAAAACAAGCGAGCAAUGCACAGAGAUAGGCGAGCAAAUAAAUGUAUGCUGGUCAAACACCUUGAACCCUGUCGAACAUAUAUCAGAGGAGGUAAUGAACAAUGCUUUUUCGUCACUCAGUUCUGCCGACCCAUCAGCGACAGCAUACGCGGUGAAGCUUAUCGACCUUUUGCAAUUGUCGACUUCCACGAUGGUUAGCUCGUCGACAGCCACAUCGGCCAGCUCCUCGGAAAAUCCAAGCAUAGUCUCGAGUGCAUCGUCAUCUCCCACGUCCAAUACGAAGUUGCAGGAGAACAACUGGCUUUCGGGAGGUGCAAUAGGCGGUAUUAUAGGUGGAGUGGUAGGUGGACUCGCUCUGCUUGGUGUUGUGGGGUUCCUUCUUUGGCGACCACGUCGAGCAGCGAAAUCCCAAAUGCCUGUAGUCGAGGUGCCAGCACAAGAGAAGUAUACGUAUCGUGCUGUAGAGGUACCUGCAGAUGUGGAGGGGGGCAAGGGCAUAAUACACUAUUCCAAAGAGUUUGUGGCCGUGUCAAAGUCUGCUUCUAUAUUUCUGAGCUUCUCAACUGUUAUCCUUGUUCGCACUCUUGACGAUUUUGCAGAAGGCCAACAUCUUGUGCUCGACCACUCUUCAUUCAGCAAGAAACCAUGUUUCGUGCUACGCCACCAUACGCCUGUGGUGGUACACAUUUUCUUUGUGGUACAUGAGCAGUAG